AUGUGGCGGCCCAGUGGAAAUCGCGGAGGAAACAGAGGAAGAGGUUCUCCUGGACGAGGCGGCUCGCAGAGCGCAAGCCCUUGGCCUGAUAGUAAUAACGGAAGACAAGGACGAAGAGGAUACGGAGAGAAUCAAAAUAAUCAGUUUCAGCAAAAGAGCAAGAGCGACGAUCCUCGAAAUCAUGUUGGAAUGAGUUUUCGCGGCAGCGGGCGCCCAGUGACGAGGCCAGAAGCUCCAGGACCGAAUGCGAAUUUGAGCAGCGGUGGAUUAGUUCGUCCACCAGGACCGGCCCGGCCCGGUGGUAUGCCUCAAUUGAGGGGCCGGGGACAGGGGCCAAGAUUUGGAUCGGUGCCGCGUCAACCCCAACAGCUAAACACCAUCUAUCGUUAUCCAUCUGAGCCUGGGAGAAAUCCAAGAGGGAGAAAUGCAAUGGAUCCCAAUUUUCAAGCUAGCUGGUAUCAAGGAAAAGAGAGUCAAGAGGAGGAUGCUCACGGAGGAUCAUUUCACCAAUCAAACAACCACUUUUAUGGACCAUAUCAUGCCAACAAUUCUUUCAAUCAGAAUAAUCAGCAAAAUAAAUAUGAUUUCAACCCGCAUCAAGGGCCAGUUUCUUUCCGAAAAGAUCAGCCAGCCCCUCCACCAGAGCCUAGUUUUGCACCACCUAGUGAACCACCACCCCCGCCGAUUCCAGAAUUCGUCGAGUGGGAGCUCAGGCAUCUCCAAGGCCCGCUAGGUGAGAAAAUGCGGAAAUAUGCCAGUUUGGUAAGUUUUCGCAAAUCGAGCGAAGAAUCUCAGAGAAGAAUGUGGAAUAUCGAACUCGACCGACACCGGGAAAUCAUGAGAGCAGAGGCUCAAGCAGAAGCGCGCCUGAUCGAGCAGGAGCGCCAAGCUAACAUGCCAAAAAAGCAAGCUGGUGGCUAUGCGACGAUUUCAGAUAGCGAUAGAUUGAAAAACAUUGACUGGAAUGAUCUUAAAUUACUGACGGAUAAGGACCUAAAUUUGAAGCUGGACGAAAUGAAAAAUCUCCAAGAGAAGUCAAAGAAAGAGUACUUCGACUGGAAAGAAGACUGCGAAAAAUGGAAGAAUCAGCACGCCAAUCAUCCGAAUAAAACGCUCUUUCAAAAUUACAUCGACCAAUGGAAGGAGCAAGACAAGACACUGAUGAAAGUCCAAGAGGAUCAAGCGAAGAAAAUAGAACUGAUCCGCGACGAACUUUAUCGUCGAGAUCCAGGCCCUCCAAGUCCGCCAAAAUUCUUUGAUUUGAAAGGAGGCGAUGAUUUUCCAGCGAAUCUAAUGAAGAAAGGCACGAUUAAUUUGGCUAGGGAAGAUGUUGUCUCACAUAAAGGAAGAACAUUUGAAAGACCACCGGCUGGCUACGGCAUGCCUCGCUGUUUCAGUAAGCAAAAAAUGGUGGAACCAAAACGGCUUUCUGACGAAACCGGCCCACCAGUUUAUGAGCCUCCAAAGGAGCCCGGGUCGCUGAAGUUGCAAGGAAUGGAUGACAUUCCAGAUCUGCCGAGCAGGAAGAGAAAGCCAAUACAAGCAGAUGUGACCAGCUCGACGUGUAAUUUGUUGGAUUUGGACGUGAACAAUUUGAAGGAUCUUCUUUCGAAGGUUCAACAAAAUGUUCCUCCUAAAGAGGCAGAACCACCGCAGGCGGAGAAUGCCGAGGAUCCGGAAAAUCCAUCCGGGCUGCCAGACGACUAUCAAUUACCAGUUCCGAUGCCCGAAGGUUUACCAAGUGCUAUUCCUCCUGUUAGAGUUGUUCAAAAGCCCGUUCCUCCACCAGUAAUUGUCGCCCCAAAUGCACCACCAGUUUUACACCAUCAACCAAGACUACGACAUCCCCGACCACCAAUGGUGCAUCAGCGCCCACCAAGGCACAAUAAUCCGAGAUACAACCAUCCAAGACCUCCUUUUCAUCAGAAGCAAUAUCGACCCAGAUUGACUCAAGAAGAAAAAAGCCUUUAUGAAAGAGCAGAACUCGCAAGAUCGAUCCCUCCGAAGCAGGAGAAGAAGCUGGAUCUGGGCGACAAAGGCACCGGCGUCCAGGAUCUCGUCCUUCUUGAAAACAUAAACGAGGAAGCGGUGCUGGAGAAUUUACGGAAGCGCUUUGCGAAAAAUGCAAUUUACACGUACAUUGGCCCCGUGGUUAUUUCCAUCAAUCCGUAUCAGAACGUGGCGAUAUACUCCGACGACAUUGUUCGAAAAUAUAAUGGUCGGAAUAUGUACGAAAUGCCGGCGCAUCUGUUUGGGUUAGUUGAGGCCGCAUAUCGACAAAUGCGCACGUUCUGUAAAGAUCAAUGCAUCCUGAUCACGGGCGAAUCCGGCGCCGGAAAAACGGAGGCAUCGAAGAUAAUGAUGAACUACAUUUCGACGUGCGCGGAGGAGCGUAACUUUCACAUUUUUUACUUUCUCAUUCACGGAAUCGACGAAGCCGAACUCGCCAGCUUCCAAUUGACAAGGCGUGCGGUCGACUACAACAUCCUUGCUCGUGGUGGAGUCGAGCACGUUCCAGGCAUUAAUGAUAGUAAACGCUGGGAAGAGUUAGUAAGCGCGAUGGUUACGAUAGGUUUUGCGGAGGAAGAGAUUGGCGCAAUCAAGAGAAUCAUCGCGGCGAUUCUGCACCUUGGAAAUGUGCAAUUUACUUCUAAAGGUGACGACGAGUGCCAAGUCAAGAACGCUGAAGUACUCGGCCGGGUCGCCACCUUGCUCAGGAUCCACGAGGAGAGCCUAAGUGAGGCUCUCACCAGAAGAGCCAUCAAGAUCUCCUCGGCAAAAGGCGAAACAGUUCACGUGACUCUUUCGGUACCGGAAGCGGAAGCCGUCCAACUGUCCUUUUGUAAAGCUCUUUACGGGCGCGUAUUCGACUGGUUGGUCCAGCGACUCAACGCCUUUCUCAAAAUAGAAAAGAAAGAAAUUAGAAGCGUGAUCGGCGUUUUGGACAUUUACGGAUUCGAAGUGCUCACAGAAAACUCCUUCGAGCAGUUGCUGAUCAACUAUUGCAACGAAAAGCUGCACCAAGUGUUCAUCGAAUUAACGCUGAAGCAGGAGCAGGAAGAGUAUCAACGCGAAGGAAUCCAGUGGCAACAGAUUGAGUACUUCAACAACGUGCCCAUUGUUAAUCUCAUCGAGGGGCGCCCCGGGGUACUCGGCCUACUCGAUGAAGAAUGUCUCCGACCAGGAGAAACAGGUGAUGCGCAACUUCUUCAAAAAUUCGACAUCUAUCUUCAAUCCAGCAAAUUCUACCAGAGUCGAGAAAACAACAACAAUUCUAAAAGCAACAAAGCGACCUCCAAAAACUCGAACAAAAGUGCAAUCCUAAGCUCCACCGACUUCAGUAUUACGCAUUAUGCGGGCACCGUGAAAUACUCGAUUAUCAAUUUCGUCGAGAAAAAUAAGGAUGUUUUAUAUAGCAGCCUGUCAGCUGUCUCUUUCAAUUCGUCGUGUCAUGUCCUGAAACAAUGUUUCCCAGAAGGCGAUCCGAAAUUCGACAAUCGAAAGCGCCCACCAACUCAGGGUCACCAGUUCAAAUUGUCAAUGUCGACAUUGAUGAAGAACUUGCUCCAAAAGCAACCACAUUACAUUAGGUGCAUCAAACCGAAUGAACAAAAAGCCCCAAAAUUGUUUGACAAGGGCCUCGUGACCAGCCAAAUCAGAUAUUUGGGGCUUGUUGAAAAUGUUCGUGUUAGACGAGCGGGAUAUUCCUUUAGGCAGUCUUAUCCCGAGUUUCAUAAUAGAUACAAAAUGAUGAGUGACUCAACUUGGCCUUCAUCAAAUAAAGCCCACCGGGACGCGGUUAAAUGCAUUCUGGAAGACACGAAGCUUUCCAAAGACGAGUACGAGUUCGGUCGAUCGAAGAUCUUCAUCCGAAGUCCAAAAAUGAUCUUCAAGCUGGAAGAAAUCCGUUUGAAAAUGCUCGAAUCCAUCGUCGCCAAGGUCCAAGCGCAGUGGCGAUGCUACGUUCAGCGAAAGAAAUUCACGGCAAUGAAAAGCGCCCAAAUUUCUAUUUCGUCGCAGUGGAAGUGCUACAAGCAGCGCCGUCUGUAUUUGGAAACGAAGAAGAGUACGCUGACGAUACAGUGCUUUUUUCGGGGAAUGCGGGCGCGCGCCGAGCUCGCCAGACUCAAACUUAUUCAAAAGCGGCAUAAUGCCGCGACCACUAUCGCCGCUGCGUGGCGUGGGAUGAAAUGUCGCCGUGAAACGCGAAAAUUAUUCAAAGCCAAUGCUGCCCCCAUAAUCGCCCGUUUUAUGGACAAUCUAUCCGUAAAGAAGUACUUACUUGCUUUAGCCAAGUCUCUUCCUUCCUCCUCUCCCACAGAUUCUUCCUGGCCGAUUCUGCGCCACAAAAAACUCGCAGAAACCGACUCCUUGCUCAGAAAACUCCAUCACAAAUGGCGAUGCACAAAUCACAUCAGAAAACUGACGCCCAGUCAACACAGGCUUCUGGUUGACAAAGUUGAGUGUGCAGAAAUAGCCGAUUAUAUCAACCUGAAUUCGGAGAAGAAAUGGGAAGACCUGAGUACGAAGAACCUUUUUGGCGAUAUCCUUUUUGCGGAUAUCAUGCAAAAAGUUAACAGAAAAGAUGGAAAGACGCAAGAAGUAAUCGUCGUUUUGACAUCAGCUGUGUCGAUCCUUGCGGCCGACUCGCUAAAACUCAAGAGCACAAUUGAAGUCAAGAAUAUCCACAGCAUUUGCAUGUCGCCUUACGAUGACGGGGUCUGCACACUUAGAGUCAAGCAAGAUGGCCUCAAAGGGGACCUCCUUCUCACGGGCAGGUUCGUCCUCGAGUUCGCGUUGCGACUAGGACAAAUUAAACGAAAGGAGGGCAAAGAGUUGGAUAUCAUCAUUCAGCCAAAUUGGAAAAUUCUGUAUAAACAGGAAGGACCAUUUCCAAGAAAAGGAAUUCUCAAGUGUUGCGGCACUGUUAAUUUUCAACACGAACUAAGUAUAGCCGUCAGCGAGUCCUCCUCCGUCGAUCUGCCAAGCUACAAAAAGAAAAACAACCAUAUAGAAAUUCAUGUUCCAAAACAAGUCAAAACCUAG